UCGACAGUUGGCGCGCGCGAUCUUCCAAGAUGGCGGCGACCGGGCGCCCGUGCCCUUGCGUGUCAUUGACAGACAAAGUUCGGUCCGCCGACAGUUAUCGGACGGCUGUCGCGAAUACUCGAUCUCUCCUCGCCGAUUACGAGCGAAUUAACCUCAUUCAGUUUUCUGUUGCAUUCUCGUUUUUCUUCCCUUUCGAUUUGCAGCGUGUCCGCGGAGGCAACGUGCGAGCAUGACCAUGUCGUCGUCAUCGUCGUCGUCGUCGUCGGUAACGAGCCUGACGGUGAGCACCCGGGUGUACGAGGGCCAGAAGCCGGGCACCUCGGGCCUGCGGAAGGCCGUCAAGAUCUUCCAGCAGGAGCACUACACGGAGAAUUUCGUGCAGGCGAUAUUACAAGCCCUGGGCGAUCAGCUGACCGGCUGCACUCUCGUCGUCGGCGGCGACGGGCGGUUCUACGGGAAGGAGGCGGUGGCGAAGAUCAUCCGGAUCGCCGCGGCAAAUGGAGUAAGAAAGUUAAUAGUUGGUCAAAAUGGUAUCCUCUCGACGCCAGCGGUGUCAACUAUAAUACGAAAGUAUAAAACGCAAGGUGGCAUUGUCUUGACUGCAUCACAUAAUCCCGGUGGUCCUAAUGCUGAUUUUGGCAUUAAAUUUAAUUGUGACAACGGCGGCCCUGCUCCAGACAGCGUAACAAAUAAAAUCUAUGAAAUCACUAAAACGCUCCAGUGUUAUAAAAUUAUUCCUGAUAUUAAUAUAGAUAUUGACAAAGUGCAAACUGUUUCUGUCGAGGUAGAUGGCAGACCAUUUACCAUCGAUAUAAUUGACUCUGUAAAUGAUUAUGUAGAGCUUAUGAAAGAGAUUUUUGAUUUUGUGAGUAUCAGAACAUUGUUGCACGGCAGCAAAGAUAAGCCGGCAUUUAAAGUUCUCAUCAACUCGAUGAAUGGAGUUACGGGACCGUAUGUAAAGAGAAUAUUUAGCACUGAAUUAGGCGUUGAUGAUACAAGUUUAGUGAAUAUAAAACCGUUAGAAGAUUUCGGUGGUCUACACCCUGAUCCAAAUUUAACUUAUGCCAAAGAUUUAGUGAAUGCCAUAAAGGAAGGGCCGUACGAUUUCGGUGCCGCUUUUGAUGGAGACGGAGAUCGAAAUAUGAUCUUGGGCAAGAAAGCUUUCUUCGUUACUCCUUCCGACUCCUUAGCGGUGUUAGCUGCAAAUUUAAAAUUAAUUCCGUAUUUCCAAAAGACUGGUGUUAAAGGAUACGCUAGAUCAAUGCCCACGGCUGCGGCUGUCGAUAGAGUCGCCGCUAAAAAUGGGAUGAAGUUCUUCGAAGUUCCUACUGGAUGGAAAUACUUCGGAAACCUGAUGGAUGCUGGAGAUUUGUCGCUAUGUGGAGAAGAAAGUUUCGGUACUGGUUCCGAUCAUAUUCGCGAGAAAGAUGGAGUAUGGGCGUGUCUAGCGUGGCUCAAUGUAAUCGCAGGAUUAGGAAAAUCUGUAGAAAACAUUUUACUAGAUCAUUGGAAAGUUUAUGGAAGAAAUUUCUUUACUAGGUACGAUUAUGAAAAUUGCGACUCUGCGAGUGCGGAUAAAAUGAUGCAGGGCAUCGAAGCUCUAAUUCAAAAGCCAGAUUUUAUCGGCAGAAAGCUGCAGUAUGAAGGUAAAGAGUAUAUUGUUAAGCAGGCGGAUAAUUACUCCUAUACGGAUCCUGUCGAUGGUAGCAAAGCUACGAAACAGGGUUUACGGAUAUUGUUUGCGGAUGGCUCCCGUAUAAUAUUCCGCUUAUCCGGAACGGGAAGUUCUGGUGCCACUAUCCGUAUGUAUAUCGAUAGUUAUGAGAAUAAUCCGAUUACUUUUGAAAAAGACGCACAGCUGGUCUUAAAACCUUUAAUAAACAUCGCAUUAGAAUUAAGCGAGCUUCAUCAGCAUACCGGUUGUAACGCGCCUACUGUGAUUACAUAAACGUGCGCUCGUUAUAUUGCUGCGCUCUUCCAUUAUGGAAAUCUUUAAAUCUCAUUCAAUUUUAUCUCAUUUAUAUAAAAAGAAGUUUUACAAAGUAAAUGUCUGGUUAGGAUAUAAAUUCAUUUGGAUUGUAAAGGUUCGUCCAAUUUCAUUAUCAAAAUCAUGAAGCAAUAGCACAAUAAUUGUUACUGGCCCCACUGAAGGGAUUUUCCAUUUUUAUAAAGCGUUACUGUUUUACGAAUCCAUCCAUAUGAUAUACAUACCGUGCGUAUUGGACGAGAACUAUUCAAUAUGCAUAUCCGAGUAGCGAGUUAAAAAAAAUGUUUUAGAAUCUAUAUAUUAGAUAUUUGCCGUAAAUGUUAUUGCUUGAAUCCUUACAUUUCGAGUCAAUCGUGAGAGGAUGCGAUUUAAACUUAUUUUUAAGUCUUCUCACAAUCUUUGAGUGUGAGAAAAAUAUUGGUAUUGUCCCUCAGCAUUAAGAGGUACUUGUAAUCAUUUCUAAUUAUUAGAAAUUUCAUUAAUAAUUUAUAUAUGUAUUGCUAUUCAUAUAUUUACAUGAGUUUUAAUAAGCAUUAAAACUGUGCUUAUAUUAUGAAAUAUGGAUAUAUACAUCUGGCGCAUGUAGACAUUCUAUGUGCACUGGAAAGCUUCUUCGGAAAAGAUGUUUCGUGGCAUAAUAUUAUGUUACACAAUGAUAUUGUUGAUAUGCAAUAACCUAUCUACUUGUUGCCACAACAUAUAUAGUAAGAAGAAAUGCAGGUUGCUGUAUCCGAUAUAUAUAGAGAAUUCAUAGAUAAUAUUCCGGAAAUUGAAUAUGAGAAACAUCCUGUACUUAUUUAUCACUACAAUUACAUUGUCUGUACGUUACUCCGGUGAUAAUACAUGCAUCUUUUUAUCAUUAGCUGACACGAAGAUCGGUACGUCUCUCUUACGUUGUUAUCGUACAUUUAUCUUUCGCAGGCAUUAAAUAUCACAACGAUAUGUAAUGAAUGUCACCACGUGCAUUUCGGUAUGUAAAAAUAUAAUUUGUAAAAAUCACGAUUUUGAAUGAACAAAAUGGAUACAUUGUCAAUCUUCCAAAGCUUAUGUCUAUCCGCGAUUCACGUCUGAUGUUUAUUCUAAAAUUUCCAUUCAUUUUCAUCCAUGAGUUUUACAGACUUUUACAGUGAAAGUACUAUCUAACGUUUGAUUUGAUGCUUUGGAAAAAUUGAUUUGCGUGAUACAAUUAAAUUCUUUUUAAUACGAUUAGAUAAGUGAUGGAUUUAUGUGUGGUUACUAAUUUUGAUAAUUUUAUUAAUUACGACAUAUCAAGAGCGUGAAAUUCAAUAUCAGAUAGCAUAAUAUUGGAGGAUUAACAAAAGCGCGUAAAUUCAAUAUUAUCUUCAAGGACCAGUCUUUCCAACGUUUAUUAAAUUGAUCUUGUCAUUCUGUCUACGAUCUAGCCAAUACUACGAUCCAGGCAGAGACAGAAGAGAUUUAUUUGUCCGUCAAGUAAAUUGCCAAAUAUCUUAUUUGAGAAUAUGGAAUGACUGGCCCUGCGAAUUGAACGUAGCGUAAUGGAUAAUAAUAAGCGGCUUUAAUUUAUUAUGCUUUAUGAGAUGAAACAUUCUAUUGAUAAACUAAGUCAUCUUAAAAGAAAGGACACUGCGAUCCGUAAUGGGUAUGAUCGAUGCUACUUUCAAAUUCUAACGAAUAUGUACAGAAUCCUUUUUUCAGUGUCAGAUUAUUGUACGAAGAUUAUAUUUGAGUCUAACUUGUAGAUUUAUUUGUAUCGAUAAAUUUAUACUUAAAUUGGAGUAAGGAAGGUGUAAAUCUUUUUGCACUUCAUCUUGUACAGUAGCAUACGUAAAACUGCCUAUGUAAAAUUUAUACUAUUUAUUGCAACACGAGCAUAAUACGAAGAGAAUAUUAAAAUUAAAAAAAAAAACAGUUUAAAGUUUUGUAGAUAGUAGUGUACAACUGUAAGAAUCUUUCUUUUCCAUCGAAGCAGUCAUCCAUUUGUCUUUCUGAAACUUUCGUAUGCUCAUCAAUAUCACACAAGCUGGCCAUUUCAUUGUGAAUUCGCAAUUUUUGUCACUGCUACGGACUACUGCAUUUAAAUGCAAAAGCAAAAUUCUUGUCGCAUCAUUCUCUCGCAUCAUUCCCCGAUUAUGCAAUCUUCCUUACAAAAAGGUACACUUUGUUACUUUGCCUUCUCUAAACAUCUCAGUUCUAAUAUUCAGAUAGCGAAAGAAGCAUGGAUGCUUAAAUUGGUGAACUGAACCAAAACCUGAGAAAUAGCCAGCAGGAUCGCGUUCAACAAUUUCUCAGAAUUUGGGCGACCCCAGAUAUAGCGACGUAGGUUUGCAAAUUCGAGUUUAGCGCGAUACUCAGCGUCUUAUAGAGUCUUUAAGUAAGUAAUACUUUUUUGUGAAAUGACACAGUCAUUACAUAUGAAAUCCGUGUAUCCGCAUUUUAUUGUGCGAUAUAUUUAUUUCGGUGACAACAUAAUUCACUGAGUAUCCCGUUAAGAUUAAUCGAUAGAAUAGAAUACGUUAACGAACUUGUAUAAAGAACAGUAGGAUGAUCAGAAAAGGAAGUACGAAUUUCUUUCGAGGAGGGAAUACAAUCGCAAACUAUAGCCACUUGAUGCGAAAUUUUAUAUUGUAACAGUAUAUCUCCACGUAAGAAGAAAUGAACAAUAGAUAGUAAUACAAAACAUGUUCGAUAGGUACGAGAGGCACGUUAUUUGUAUUUCGCGAGUGUUAGUGGAUGUCUCGUAUCGAUAAUUAAUAACAGCCGCCCAAAUGUAUUAUAUUACUCGUUUCCCCCUUUCGUUUUUCUCUUCGCUUCGUCUUUGCUUCUUUCUUUUGUACGAUAUUUCACUACGGGCCUUUGUAUCCGAGAUAUCACGUAAGCGCGUUCUACGUUACAUUACCACUGUGUUAAAAAAAAAAAAAAAAAGAACGCGCGAUCACGACUCAUGUUUCAUUUCGAAUGACUCGAAUAUAAAAUUUCACGAGGCCGGGUGUGUGGCGAGGCGCCGCGGAGAUAGAUAAGAAUCCGGAUCAAUCAAAAACAAUGUAAACGUUCCGUUUUUUUCUUUUCCUUCCGUGAGUAAAUAAAUGCAACGUGUUACGGAGAGAUUUCGCAAGGCAAUUAUGUAAAUAGUUGAUGGUGAAAGAGGAGAAGGAGAAGGAGGAGGAGAUACUUAGGGACCUGAGCCGACACAUGCCCCCGUUUGAUCUGUCAAUUAUAUUCUAGAGAAGUGCGAGGGAGGAAAGAGAAAGAGAGAG